GGGGAGGGCAGGGGGCGGGGAGGAGAGGAAGGCGCUGGCGGGCAGUGAUGGCGGCGGGUGAUGGGGACGUGAAUUUAGGCACCCUGGGGAGUGGCAGCGAAAGCAGCAGCGACGGUAGCAGCGAGAGCUCGAGCGGCGCGGGAGCGGCAGCAGAAGGGGGCGGCUGGUCGGCUGCUGCGCUGGCCCUUCUGACGCGGGGCGGGGAGAUGCUGCUGAACGUGGCGCUGGUGGCGCUGGUGCUGCUGGGGGCCUACCGGCUGUGGGUGCGUUGGGGGCGGCGGGGGCUGGGGGCUGGGGCCGGGGCGGGCGAGGAGAGCCCCGCUGCCUCUCUGCCUCGUAUGAAGAAGCGGGACUUCAGCUUGGAGCAGCUGCGCCAGUACGACGGGUCACGCACCCCGCGCAUCCUGCUUGCGGUCAAUGGGAAAGUCUUCGACGUGACCAAAGGCAGCAAGUUCUACGGCCCCGCGGGUCCAUAUGGAAUAUUUGCUGGUAGGGAUGCCUCCAGAGGACUGGCGACAUUUUGCCUAGAUAAAGAUGCACUUAAAGAUGAAUAUGAUGAUCUCUCAGAUUUGAAUGCCGUACAAAUGGAGAGUGUUCGAGAAUGGGAAAUGCAGUUUAAAGAAAAAUAUGAUUAUGUAGGCAGACUCCUAAAACCAGGGGAAGAACCAUCAGAAUAUACAGAUGAAGAAGAUACCAAGGAUCACAAUAAACAGGAUUGAACUUUGUAAACAACCAAAGUCAGGGGCCUUCAGAACUGCAAUUCUUACUCCCUUUCACAGAAUGUCCAGCGUCUUUGGGUUUGGUUCACCUGCUGCAAAAAAACAUUCAACAGAUUGUUUGUACAAGCUAAAUGAGUCUCAUUAUGAAGAUUCGAAUACUAGACAUUAUGCUGCCAGACUCAUUUGUUGCAGUUGUCUGUAAUGUCUGGUGGGGCUUCAUCCUGAAAAGGAGACAGGGAUUUUUUUAAAGAGCAAGAAAGUCACAAGAUUACUUUUCCUUUUCUCUCUUUUUUUUUUUUUUAAGUCAAAGACAACCUGAUACGUAUUUGCUACUUAAGUGUACAGAUCUCCUUAAAAAAACAGCAAGGAAUUCCUACUUCAUGUGCUGGGUCUGUUUUAGCAAUGAGGGAGGCAGGGUGGUGCCCAUCAGUCUGAGUAGUUAAGGCUACUGAAACACUAAGAUGUGACUCCCCAAGCUUUUCUUUUGGGGUUUUGUCAGAGAAAAGAAAAAAACCUUUAUUUCUAAGAAAUUUUUGGAAAUUAGAAAAAGGGAUUUCAGGUGGAUUUAAGUCAAAGCUAAUUCCCCAACAGUAAGAUCAUUUGAAACUGGUUUUUAUCCCUUUCCUUCCCCUAGAUCCAAUCAAUAUUAAUUGUGCCUUAUUUCACUUAGAUAGACUUGAAUUAUUUUUAGGGAAAGCCCCUAUGUGAAUUCAGAAGUCACUACAAGCAGCAUUGAGACUGAAGUUGGAAUAUUCUGUUGACAGCAAAACCUUGAUGUCAUUCUGUGUAUAUAGAAUGUAAAAGGAAUAUUCAGUGUUACUGCCAUAUAUGUUAAUAUACACAAACUUAAUUAGCAUUGUCAUGGCCAAAUGCAUUCCCCCAUGCUUUUCUCUUAUCAAAAAAAAACUGAAAAACAAAUCAACAACUCUAUCCCCUAACAGCUGCCUAAUUUUAGGAGUCUUGACUCUCACAUCUCACUGGUGUGGGUGCAUGAGGCCGUAGUAUGGAUGUUGUGUGGGUGUGUCUGAGUGUGUGUGAGAGCGCCUUGGAAGGGAUCUGCAGAUACUGUAAAUACCCAUACCAUUUUAAUAAAGCAUGUACAAUACACCAAAA